ACCACUCAUUCGGCGGCGAGUGCUUCCCUUAGUAUAUAUAUUUAUGCUUUGGAGAUGUCAUACUUCAUGCAGACCACUUAUUCGGCGGUGAAGCUAUGGCGUCGGCAAUUGCUGAAGUUACUCGUGCAGACCACUCAUUCGGCGGCGAGUGCUUCCCUUAGUAUAUAUAUAUAUGCUUUGGAGAUGUCAUACUUCAUGCAGACCACUCAUUCAGCAGUGAAGCUAUGGCAUCGGCAGUUGCUGAAGUUACUCGUGCAGACCACUCAUUCGGCGGCGAGUGCUUCCCUUAGUAUAUAUAUUUAUGCUUUGGAGAUGUUAUACUUCAUGCAGACCACUCAUUCGGCGGUGAAGCUAUGGCGUCGGCAGUUGCUGAAGUUGCUCGUGCAGACCAUUAUCCCAGUCUUUCAUUAG